UUUUGUCUUUUUCUCAAAGAUCAAAUCUGAAUGUUGUAUAUGGUUUAGAGAAAGUCUUCAGAAGAAUCAGUAGUAAUUGCUUAUUUUGGUGGGUUUGGUAAGAAAUUUGGUUUAUCUUCCGAGGAUUUGUUAUCAAUCCAUAUAUAGUUGUUGAAGCAUUAUCCUCCCUCCACUGAGUAAGCAAAGCAAACACAAUGGCUGAAGCAAUUAGGCUUGAGAGACUUAAAGCAAUGAGAAGUUUAUUGAAGAUUGAGAUGGAGAAAUCAGAAGCCUUCUCAUUGGUUUUAAACAAGACCGGAUCCAAGCUUGAAGAAAUCAACCACGAGUUGUCGUCUUUGGAAGCUGAUGUGAAAGUAGAGAAAUGGAGAUGUUCUCCUUUCUCUGAUCACAUCCGUCACACCAUUGCCCCUGUAUCCGCUGUUUUGAGAGUCUUUGCUUCGGUUCAAGAGAUCGAGAACUCUCUCAUGUCCUCUGAUGAAGUCCUUGGUUAUGUUUCAGAAGUUAAACGCCUUGGAGAAGUGAUGAAGCUUCUCUCCAGCAGCUGUGUUCUUGCUCUUAAUUGGCUUGAAGAGACAGUUGCGUACCUAACCGAAAGGGGAAUGCCUGAAGAUCAUCCUUGUGGUUUGCGGUUCAAGACUUCCAUCGAACUUCUUCGGGAACUGCAAAUGACCGAGCCUAGUGCUUACCUCAAAGGAGGGAUUCUUUACACAGCGCUGAAGAAUCUCAAAACAGAGUUCAAGCGAAUUCUUGAAGAGGAGCAGGUCUUGUCGGAAGACAACUUGAGAAAGUUGCAGGCUAUCAUCAAGAGAUUACAUGCUCACACACAGUUGAAAAAGUGUGUUCCUAUUUACAUCAAAGUCCGCACAAUGGUCAUUCAGAAACAGUUUGAGAUCAAUUAUCUCAAGAAAACAAUCACCGAAGCUGACAAUGUACAUGAUAUUGAAGCCGAUAUAGAUCAAUGGAGAAUGCAUAUGGAGAUAGCCGUGAAAGAAAUCUACGAGUCUGAGAGUAAGUUAUGCUAUGAGGUAUUUGAAGAUGUUGGCGAAGAUGUUCCCUUGCGUUGCUUUGGUAAAAUAGCUUCAAAUUCAGGAAUCCUUCCGCUUCUCAGAUUUGGAUCAAGAAUCAGCAAAUGCAAGAAAGAUCCACCAAAGCUGCUAAAGCUCUUAGAUUGUUUCUCUACAAUGGACAACAUUCGGAUAGAGUUUAACCAGCUAUUUCAAGGGGAACAAUGUUCAGAGAUACGCAGAGUUACACGGGAGCUCAUUAGCAAUCUCGUUAAGGGUGUCUGCGAGAUCUUCUGGGAGCUGCCAAGUCAGGUGGAGCUACAAAGACCAAACUGUCCUCUUCUUUAUGGCGGUGUACCGAGGCUUGUAAGCGUUGUCACUGAGUAUUGCAACAAGCUACUGGGGAACAACAACAAGCCAAUACUGUCGAAGAUUCUUGAGAUUGAUUUGGGCUGGAAAAACGCAAACUAUCAAGAAGAGCUUCUCACAGGUCACAUCUACAACAUACUGAGAGAGAUUGCUUUGAACUUGGACGCAUGGUCGAGUUCCAACAAAGACACAGCUCUUUCUUGUAUCUUUAUGAUGAACAAUCACUCCCAUUUCUGCGGUUUGAGAGAGACUCAUCUCGGGGAAAUGAUGGGAGAGUCUUGGCUAAACGCACACGAACAGUACAGAGACUAUUACGCCGCACUAUAUGUCAAAGAAAGCUGGGGAAACCUCUUGUCUCUACUCAACAACAAAUCUCAAACCACUUCAUCAUCAUCAACAUCAUCAUCUGCUGUGAAAAGAAAACGAGCCCGUGAGUCGAUCAAACAAACAUUACAAGCCUUUUCUAAAGGUUUUGAUGAGAUCUAUACAAAGCAAUCAAAUUGGGUUGUUGAGGAUGACAAGUUGAGAUGGAAGAUAUGUCAGGCAAUGGUAAGAACAGUUGUGCCAAGAUACAAGAGUUACCUACAGAGUUACAUAAUGCUGCUAGCCGAAGAAGAUCAUACGAGUGAUAGUACUAAGCAUUUAUAUUACACUCCAAAGGGUUUAGAGAUGAAGCUGAAUACAAUGUUUCAAAAAAGAGAAGAAACAGAGAAGAUAAGCCAGUAUUCUAACUUUGUGAACAAAGUGAUGGAUUUGGGGAAUACUCAGAAUUCUCGCUUGAAAGUAGAAGCUAUAUGAUGUACUUAGACAAGGCAGCGAAACUACUAAGCUUAGCUUAACUUAAAAGAGGUGUGUAAUGUACAUUUUGUAUAUGUGACAUACAAAAAAGUAUAUAGAUUGGUUCUUGUAAUAUGGAAUUGUGAAUGAUAAUUGAUACUUAAUCCAAAAGAUUACAGUAGUAA